AGUGAGUAGUGGUGUGCGUCGGUGCUGGUGGCUGGUUGGCUGGCUGCGCGGUUUGGGGCUUGUCAUAUUGUGCUGUCCAGCGUGUGGAUAGAACUUGGUGCAUUGGAAAUAAAAUAGUUUUUAAGACCGGGAAAUGAUAAGAAGUACUAGUAAUGUUGAUGUAUAGUAACACACACGCGGUUAAAGCAUAGAAAUUGAUCUUAACGCUGAAAUUGAUCUUAAACUGAAUGAAAUGGUACAACGAAACGUAAAUCGACGUGAAAUUACGAAGAACGAAUAAAAAAAACAGAGAUAAAAGACAAAUUCUAAUCUAUUUUUGAGUGUUUGAGAAGAAAAUACAAAGAAUAAUACUAGUUUCUAAUGGACCGGGUGAGUCUGUGAAAUAAGGAGUGCAUGGUGGAGGAGUCCCAGAGGAGGAAGGAACAGUGACGCAACGAGCAGUGGAAUAAGGGGAGUGUGAUGCCUGCUGGCGGUAAGGUGUGUGAAGUAUCCGGUACGAGAGGUUCGGCCAUGAGAUGACGGGGCCCGCGGGAGACCAGGAGUCUGGCGCUGGGGGUGAUGGCAGUGGCGGGGACUCCCCCACCCGGCCUAUCGACCCCACGCAGCUUAAUUUCCAGCAGAACGGGGUGGCGUCGUCCCCUCUCGGCAGCAAGGAGCAUGACGUGAUCCACAUAUCAGAGAUGGACAAGGACAGGAGUGAGGAAGCUGCCGCCGCCACUGACUCCGAGGACGAGGAUGACGAGGAGAAGGAGCAGAAGGAGGUGUGGCGGCGGACAGCGAUGUUCUUGGAGUACGACCCGGAGGAGGAUGAAUUGGAGCUGGAGAUGGGCUUUGUCGACCCGUCCAACCCUCCCAUCCCAGGCUGCAACCUCUACUACAUGCAGUGGAGGACUCGUAGGUUUGUGGAGCACUUCAUAGUGAGGCUGCUGACUGCCUUACUCAUCCUGGUGGACAUGGUGCUGCUCAUUGUGGAUCUGUUCAACUCCCCCACCUCAGAUGACCCUCUUGAGUAUUGCUCCCUUGCCUUCUCCACCUACUUCAUGAUUGAGGUCAUCUUGAGGAUCUUUGGCCUUGGGCCAAAGCACUUCUUCCGUGCCUGGUAUAAUGCCCUGGAUUGCUUCCUGGUGGUCUUCACUUUCAUCCUGUCUGUAGUGACGGUGUGUGUGGAGAACAUGUCAUCCAAUCCUGUGGGACUCCUUGUUGCGCUGCGUCUGAUCCGCUUGGUAAGAAUCACCAGGAUCCUUUGGGAGCGGCAGCACCUCCAGCGCGGUGCCCGGCAAUUUGUGUCGCAGAACAAGAGACGCUACCAGCAGAAUGGUUUUGACCUUGACCUCACCUAUGUCACACCAAGAGUCAUUGCCAUGUCUUUUCCCUCUACCGGCAGGAUGUCCAUGUACAGGAAUGACAUCAAGGAUGUGGCACGCUUCAUGGACACGCAGCAUCCUGGCCACUACCGCCUGUACAACUUGUGCUCCGAGCGCCACUAUGACGUGUCUCUCUUCCACAGCAGAGUGGAGCGCUACAUGAUUGAUGACCACAAUGUGCCUCCCGUGGUAGACAUGCUGAAGUUCAGCAGCAGUGUGCGAGACUGGAUGAACCAGGAUGAGAAGAAUGUGAUUGCCGUGCACUGCAAGGGAGGCAAAGGCCGCACUGGCACCAUGAUUUGUGUCUUCCUCAUUGACCUCGGGAAAUUCAAAGAUGCCGAGCACUGCCUGGGCUUCUUUGGAGAUAGACGCACAGAUAAAAAUGUUGCCUCCAAGUUCCAGGGUGUGGAAACUCCAAGCCAGAGUCGCUAUGUUGGCUACUAUGAACAAGUGGUGCGGGCGGGUAGGGUGGUGCCUCCAGAGAAGCCCAUGAUAGUCACCCGGAUCACAUUGAGAGGCAUGCACUCUGUCGGUGCGGGCGAUGGCUCCGAGUUUUUCUUCACUCUGCAGAGCCGAUGCCACUCCAUUCCCUACCAGGCCAACCUUGGCACUCAGAAGAACUGCAAGGUGAUGGUUGAGAAGAUCCAUGGGUUGGUGCACAUACAGCUGCUGAACACACCAGUGAUCCGUGGCGACACUCGGAUCAUGUUCUUUACAGACAGUAGGAAGAUUCCCAAAGGUUAUGAGAAGAGUCCUUUCUUCUUUUGGUUCCACACUGGCUUCAUUGUAGAUGGAAAACUUGAACUGAGCCGCAGUGAGCUGGACAACCCUCAUAAGAGCAAGACCUGGCAUGUGUUCCAGGAGGACUUUGGGGUGACAGUGCAACUGGAGGAGGAUGCCAUGACUCGAACCUACUGAAGGAGGCAGUCUUCACCGGUGAGGCGACACCACUUGAUAGAUGGUGUUGACAAAACCCUUCAACUUCUUUUUAAAAUAUUACCUUUUUUUUAUUUCUAAAUUAUUAUAACAGUUUUUGUACAAAGCAGAGUAACAUGAUUCAUGGUACUGUUAUGAUUAAGGAAUGUACAUAUGUGUGCAGUCUUGCAGUAUAUGAUUUGUCCGGUGUAACUGAAUGACGUGUAAAUUGCAAGUUGCAGAUCAGAUGGUGCAUGUAGUGUUAGUGUACAUACUUCAUCUCAAGACACCACAGCUUGCCCUUAUCACUGCCUCAGGUUUCAACAAACAUCCAUUUUCAUUCACUACAGACCUUCACACUUCACACUUAUACAUGCACAAUACUACUUAUAAUUACUAGUGAAGUGUUCACUGUCUACAGGCAAGGCAGUGGUCAGGCACAGCUUGUGACAGGAGAACUGUUUGAGAGGCUUUUUUGUUACAGCUGCUUACAUCUUGGCAAACACUCAUUGCCUCAACACACAGAUGUAGACAACACUCAGUGGCUCAACACACAGAUAUAUACAACACUCAUUGCCUCAUGAUACACAGAUAACACUCAUUGCCUUAAUAUACAUAACAUUCAUUGCUUCAUUAUAUGCAGACAACACUCAUUGCCUCACCAUGCACAGAUACAGUAUUCUUCUGAUUCUGCAGAUGAAAAUUAACCCUCUUCAUCUUAUUCUCACAUUCCAUCAGUUUCAGAUCACUUAACACAAAAUGAUGUCACCACCUCAGAUGAUUGCAAUGAUUCUUAAACAGUGAAGUCAUUAUAAAUUUUGCCUUUUCUUUUACUGGAUGUUGUGAUUCCUCUACAAACUGUUCAAACCAUGUAGUCCUAUCCUCCAGUCUGCUCAGUAAGAUGUAAUUAAUUUUGUAUAUGUAAUUUUAAGUGUUUUAGUCUAAUCAUUAACAUUUUCCUUUUUUUUAUCUUUAUCCACCAGAAAUUAACAAUAAAAAGAUAAAGAAAAUGGAAGUAUUGUGUGAAACUAUUUUUACCAAAGACCUGUGUUUGUCAUAACUUCCACCUAAAAUUGUUAUGAAAAUGUGUCUCUAGUGAAAUUAUUGUGCAAAUGUUACUCCGGGGAAACUGUUUUGAAAAUGAUGCCUGGGCAAAACUAUUAUAAGAAUUUUACCUUGGUGAACACAGCACAGCAUCCUGGACAUUGCUGCUUCAUCCAGUGGUGUUUGCUGUCAUGAUCUGCACCAGUUUGUCUCUCAGGAAUAUUGUUUUCUUUACAUCAGCAUAUCAGUUGUGUACCAAAUAUUUAUGGUAUUACUUAGACAUUUUUAAGCUUAAGGUAUGAAAUGCCAUUAUGGUUGUGAGUUGAUAUGCACAACUUCAUCUUAUAGUCAUUGUUAUUGUUAUUUAUCCCAGCAUGUGGUCAGUUUUCAGUCAUUGUGUUUUAUUGUGUCAAACUGAUUUUGGUAAUUUUCUGUGCUUCACCCAUAGUUAUUUGGAAGUCAUCCUCAACAAAGCAAGCCAGAAUUUGUUAGAUCCAGAAUAUUGUAGUCAUCCUCAGCUCAGCAAGUCAUUAUGUUUGUUAGAUCUAGAAUAUUGAAGGCUCAACAAGUCUGCAUCAUUAUGUUUGUUAGAUCCAGAAUAUUGAAGUCAGUCUGGCUCAGCAAGUCUGCAUCAUUAUGUUUGUUAGAUCCAGAAUAGUGUGGCUUGGAAUAUGUUAAAGCAGAAGAUAUUCCUGGUCAAAAUGCAGAAGGUACUACUAUGUCACUUUCACACAAAACUGUUGUUAAUUCAACAAGGAAGAAAAUCUGUGACCACACUGUAUGAGUACUUGUUGUUAUUAUUAUGUGGUGUACAUUGUGAUAUUUUUACUGUAAAAUAUGUAUGUAUUUAUUGUGGAGGUACAGCUGAUGAAUUUAAUUUUAAGAGUCUGGUAACAAUUAUUGAGGUUUACAAGACAAUACAGUGAGAAAGAAGUUGAAGUCUUUACAAUCUCUCAAUAUUACUCUCUUCUUCAUUCUUUCAUUAUGUUAUUCUGUUCUGUGUAUUUAUUAUGGAGGUAAAGCAGAUGAAUUGAAUUUUAAGAGAGUUAUUGAGGUUUGGAAGACAAUAGUGAGAAGGGAAUUGAAGUCUUUUUAAUCUUCUCUUGGUAUUACACUCUUCUUUGUACUCAGAGUAUAUUCCACAAGUUUUUAAUUCUAUUCUAUGUAUUUAUUGUGGAGAUGCAUCUGAUUAACUUGACUUUAUGAAUCAGGAAGCAGUUAAGAUCUGCAAGACAAUAGUGAGAACAGAGCUGAAGUCUUUUUAAUCUCUCUACAUUAUACAGUACUCCUCUUUGUACUUACACUAUAUUCCACAAGUUUUUAAUACUGUGCUGCUUGUACAUAUCACACUCAUGUAUUCAGUUUCCUGUCUCCGCCCCAUACAUUUAGUUAAGACCAGAACUUGUGCCUUGUAAUAAUCUCAGUGCUACUUCAUACACACACAAAAGAAAGAAAGAAAUACAGGAGGCAAGACCAGUUUGCAUUGUGUAGGCAUCUCAAAGCUUCUUCACUGGAAAUUGUGGAAAAUAUCUUUAGCCAUUGCAAGAAAGAAAAUGUUUGUAGCAAGUCUGUUUCAGGGUCAUCUCUCAAAUGUUGACCAGAAAACCGAGAUCUGUGUGUUAAUCUUUGAACCACUUUGUGUUUGUUACAUUUACUGUAACACUUGUUGAAAUGCUUACUUAGGUACUCUCAAUACUGCUGAUUACUGUGAUGAAAGUGAUGGUCAGGAAGAUACUGGUGCAAAAAGAACAAUUUCAAAUGUAUUUUUAAUUGGAAAAAAGAAUAUGUAUGUCAGAUAUAAAAACCCACUUGGAAAGAUUACAUUAUGAAUAAGAGGAAGGCUGGGUGAAUGAAACACUUGCAAAGAUUACUGCAUGGCGGGUACAGCAGUGUCUUUACUCUAUCGCGGUAAAGGGCAGGUGACUCAAUGCUUGUGAAGAUAAACAGUGAUACACCUUAGUGCGAGGGCGUCAGAGCCGCCUCAGCUUACAAAUGUUGAAAGGAGAGGCACCUGACCUCGUGUGCCAUUACCAUACAAGUGUGAAAGAAGGAACACGUGGGGAAAGCAGAAUGACUCAUGACCUGCAGUAGGUAGAAAAUAGGGGGUGGGGGAGUGACUGUUUUGACUGUCCAUAUGAUAAGAGUUUUGUUGUUGUUGAGAGCUUGAAAUGAUCUUCACAUAUACUGAUACACGGCUAUUAUCACUUUCUUGUCUGCAUGUUGGAAGCCACCAUGUUCUUGCGUGGUUGUGGCUGUGGCAUUAUAGAGGAAGCUUCCUGCGUGUGAGAAUCAUGGGUGCUCUUCAUGAUAUUGUAUUUAUAGGUGUUAUCACAUGAAUAAAAUAAUUGUGUAUUGAAGAAAAAAAUAUGGUAAAUGUACUCACACACACACACACACACCCACCCACCCACCCACCCACCCACACACUUCCUGUGAUAUGCAUUGUGUGUAUGUGUGAAAUCACUUCACGGAAAGACUCAGUGUGUGACUGCAAUGAGUAAUACUGCCUUGUGAUAUCCUCUAUUUAAACAUUGUAUUUUCAGGGUAACAUUUUGAUGUUUUGCGACGAUAUUCCUUGAUUAAUAGGAUAAGGGAUAUUGUAUCUAAAUACAAAGUCCAUCUUACUGAUAUGAGUAGAUGACAGUCUGUGCAGUAGUACAGUACCUUGAAAGAAGGAAUAAAAAUACAGAGAUCUGCAGUAUGGUAUGAUACAGUCUGUUGUUUGAAAUAUCAGACUUGAAAUAUUGUACAUCAUUAUCAUGGAGUUUAUUUUCUGAAGAGAAACAUUUCAAUGUAAAUUUAGCCAGCAAGGCUGCUGGAGAUGUUCUGCCGCUCGCCUCUGUCUCCAUCUUGCCACAUAUUGAGAACCACAGCUGUCACCACCACCUGAAGACGACAGCAGUCAUUUCCUUCAGAAUAGGGUGUGGGAUCUAUGGCCACUCCAGCCAGUCAUGCUGGUCUCUCCUUGCAUAGUCUCCAAAAAUCGCACACUCCCCUGCUGUUAGUGCGAAGACAGGUGCCCAAGUGUACAGAAAUUUGUAGUUGUUACCGAGGUGAAGCUGUGAAAUUAUAUACCUGUUAAUGAAUAAGUGAAGUGUAAGUGAUUCAUGUAAAAUUACAAACUUCACACAAACCAAUUGUUUGUAACUUUGUAAAUUGUUUAAUGCGAUGAUCAUUCUUAAUUUAUAUAAGUGCCUAAAAAUAAUUCACGCUGUCAGAUUUUUACAUAGCCACGUGCGACAAGAUCCGUCAUGACUGAUCACUGAUGUAUGUGUGUUAGGUACAGUAAGUGUGUACAAUCCAAUGUAGAGUGUUUGUGUGACAGGAGUGAAUGAUGAGGGCGUGACUCAGCAUUACUGCACUUCAUGGACAUGUUUGCACCUCAGAUGCUUAUGCUGGAAUGCAAAGUGAAUAAAACUAUUUUUGUGGUCCCAA